AAUAUAUAUGAAUGAGUAAUUAUGAGCUUGUUCGAGAGCAAGUAAACCAAUACUACACUGACAAGGGGUAUCAUGUAAAGAGUGGUUUUAAAUAUGGGAGUGAUUUUAUUCUGUACAAAUCCGGUGAUGAGGAACACAAGCAUGGCGUUGCUUUGGUUUUGAUUCACGAUAAUGAUUCGACUCUUCCUAUACAAGGGGAGAUUGCAUCCUUUGUAAGAUUAGCUGACUCUGUCAAAAAGAAGGCGCUAUUUGUAACUUAUACCACCAGAGAGAUUAAAAUUUUCCAACUAGAAAACAAAAUGCAUAAACGAUUACCUAGAAAGAGAUAG